GUAAGUGGCAGAUAUUUCAAGGGUCCAUUGGGUAUCAAACUGAUCAUCGUGUUCCCGCCCGCUUGAGCUGAUUCGCAUUCCGAAGUGCGUUUCAUUUGUGGCGCUUUUGCUGAAUGUAUCAUCAACCUGAUGUAUACAUGACUGUGUUAUGCAGCUAUCGGAAAUAGUGCACAGCUUCACUCAGGUACAAGUCCAGUCAUACCAUUCAACUCAACUAAAUCGCCUAUUCCAUAUAACGACGCAAUCAAUACUUUUAUGGCCCAAGCUACCUCGACGAUAGAAAAAAAGCCAGAUUCGACCCACGACUCGGGAAACGCCAGUCAACUGAGCCUUGCGCCGUUGAAUACAGAAACGGGCUCAAGCCCUAUGGCCAGCCAUCUUAUGCACGAUUGGGGCAUAUUCGAUGAGAGGAGCGAUAUCAUGGAUCCUCCCAAUCUGUCCUCAUACCAGGAAUGGGUUCCUGCAGAAAAUCAGUUCUAUCAGCUUGAUGACUCAUACAAUACUAGUCCUUGGCUGCCAAUUAAUCCAGAAGAAGCUCUAUUCAAUAGCACACAGGCUACAGAAUCGCUGGGGAGCUUGAAUUGGGUAGAAUCUAGCUUGGCCAGCGACUUGCUAGACGGCUCAAUAUGGUCGCCUAGAUCAUCACCCAGAAACAUAACCAACGUCCAGCUCAACCCUCUAUCCAACAAUGAGAAGCUACCAUCGAUAUUCGACAAGAACGAAACGCACAACGAGGCUGUGGAAGAUCAUGGCAGCAAAAGGCGAAGAAGAAGCUCUUCCACUGACCUUCAAGCGACAGAUAUAACAGAACAAAGGCGCUUACGGCUCAUAAUCAGGAAUCUAGAACAUUUUGAAAACGAGCAGAGAAUAUAUGGCAAACGGCAGCUGAGGGCAAUAAAAGAUGGCUUGGCGUAACGUGCGUCUCUUUAAAUGGCAAUAUAUAUUUUUAUAAAAAUUGUUAAGCAAUUCUUAUAGCAUUCAUUAGCAAAUGGCAUUAUGCUGUGACAGAGAACACUUCUCGAAGUUCCCAUAUGCUUAGCCUUCA